CACCCACGCCCACGCCCCCGGCAAAGCCGCACCGCCGAGCCUCCUUCUAAAGUAUAAGAAACUUGAACCACCACGCUCUCCCCUCCAGACCACCUUUUGUCCUCCUCCUAUUGUUCCUAACAAAACAAAGGCAUAUUAUCAUAGACACUUUGCUUGCUUCUUUACACAAAAAGACAAAGACAAGCACUGCACUCCGCCUCUUCGGCUUAUACAGCAACCCUUCGCCGCAUCCGUGUUGUCGACGCAUACCACCACUACCUGCUCCGACAUCACCAACACACCGGGUUUUUUUCUUGCUCCCAUAUUGACUUUUGAGUCACCCUUCCAGAACACGCAGCUUCUUGAACCCUCGUCUUCCACCCCACCACUAGAAGAACUAUAAUGCACGCCGGCCCUGCACGCGGGCUCGCCCUCCUGCCCGUGCACCGGGCUACUUCUUCCAGCGGCCUUCUUCUCGCUGCCGCUCUCUCCGGCCACGGCCGUCUUGCUCGCCAUGUCGCUCCCCGCGCCGUCAUUGGAGCCGCCGCCUCGCAGGCCCGCCUCAUCCACUCCUCCAAGAGCGACCAGAUUCACUCCUCCGAGCGCAAGGAGUCCACCAUUGCUGAGAUCCCCGGCGCCUCGCCCAUCGCUGCCCCCCAGGAGGAGCAGCAGCCUCGCAACGCUCCUCUCUCUGUCCUGCCUCUCAGCAUGAUUGUCCGCUCCUUUGCCACCACCGUCGUCUCCUCCUCGCCUACUCUCCUCCCUCCUUCUCUCGUCAUCAUGAACAUGUUGGCUCACACCACCAACCCUCUCUUCAACCCCGACAAGAACCCUAUUCUCCGCUACUUCCUCAAGAAGACCUUUUACGCCCAGUUCUGUGCCGGCGAGGACGCCGCAGAGGUCCGCCACACCAUUGCCAAGCUCAAGAACAUUGGCUUCACUGGUGUUAUUCUCGGCUACGCCAAGGAGGUUGUUCUUCCCGAGGAUGAGGCCCAGAACCUCGUUGGUGAGGCUGCCUUGACCGAGACCAAGCGCGACAUUGAGGGCGAGAUCACUCCCUGGGCCGACGGCACCCUUACCACUGUUGGUCUUGCUGAGCCCGGAGACUACGUUGCUCUCAAGUUCACUGGCGCCGGCCGCCUUGCCUUGACCCUUCUCUCCAAGGACGCCCCUCCCACCCCCUUCCUGUCCGACUCCAUUGACGCCAUCUGCAAGCUUGCUCACGAGCGCGGCGUUCGCCUCCUCUUUGACGCUGAGCAGGACGCUCUCCAGCCCGGCAUUGACUCGUGGACCAUCCAGUACGCCCGCAAGUACAACACUGACCCCAGCCGCGCUACCAUCUACGGCACCUACCAGGCCUACAAGAAGUGCACUCCCUCUGUUCUCUCUGGUCACCUUGCCCUUGCCCAGAAGGAGGGUUUCACCGUUGGUGUUAAGCUCGUCCGUGGCGCCUACAUUGGCUCUGAUCCUCGCGAGGUCAUCCACGACACCAAGGAGCAGACUGAUGCUUGCUACGAUGGCAUCGCCGCCUCUAUCCUCACCCGCCAGUUUGGAUCUACCAUCACUGGUGAGGGCCAGUACCCCAACACUCACCUCGUUGUGGCCUCUCACAACGUUGAGUCUGUUCGUCGUGCUCGCGCCAUCUGCGACACCGGCAUGGCCAAGUCCACCGUCUCCUUUGCCCAGCUCCAGGGCAUGGCUGAUGAGGUUUCCUGCGAGCUUGUCGAGGCCAGUGCUUCCACUUCCAAGCCUGCUGCUCUCCCCGUUUACAAGUACCUCGUCUGGGGCACCACUGGCGAAUGCAUGAAGUACCUUCUCCGCCGCGCCCAGGAGAACAAGGACGCCGUCGCCCGCACCCGCAGCGGCCGCGAUGCCAUGUGGGCUGAGCUUGUCCGCCGCUUCAAGGCUACUUUCACCAGAGCAUAAGCAAGACGACAACGAGCCUCGCUCCCAAAACAGUAAAAAGAAAGAAAAGUCAUAUAUAAAGGACCCAAUGGGUUCAUUCAUCGGUUACUAAUCGGUUUUGCAUUGGGCUACCCGGCCUACACCUCGGAAAAGUUGUUCAUCGCGGCCAACGACGCGCAUAAUAUUUUUGUUUCUUUGUUUUUUUUUAAUACCUCUUCUGGCGUUUUUACAUUGGCUUUUUUUUUUUUAGCAUUGGUCCCUUUUUUGUGCUCUCUAUGAGCUCCUGCUUCACGCGUCUGUUGAUAGAACAUGACUUGAGCAAGCAUAUGCAUUAUGAAUGAAUAAUAACAGAAAAAUAUUAUAAACUAUAUACAUUUUAU